GUCGCUGACUACAUGAAGAGGAGAAAGCCCAAGGACUUCCCUCCCGGUCCUUUUUCCUUCCCAUUCCUGGGAAACGUGCAAUUUUUGUUUGCCAGAGACCUCUUGGCUGCAACAGAGACGCUUACUGAAAAAUUUGGAGAUAUCUUCAGUUUGCAAGCAGGCAGCCAGUCAUUUGUGAUUGUAAAUGGGCUUCCACUGAUCAAGGAAGCUCUUGUGACCCAGGGAGAGGACUUCAUUGGUCGCCCUGAAAUUCCUCUUGACACAGAUAUCUUCAGUAAAUUGGGGCUGAUCUCCUCCAAUGGGCACCUGUGGAAGCAGCAGAGAAGGUUCACCUUGGCCACCCUCCGAAAUUUUGGCCUGGGGAAGAGGAGCCUGGAGGAACGGAUCCAGGAGGAGUGCCGGUUCCUCACGGAUGCAUUCAGGGAUGAGCAGGGAAAUCCUUUCAACCCUCACCUUAAAAUCAACAAUGCUGUUUCAAACAUCAUCUGCUCCGUCACCUUUGGCAAUCGGUUUGAAUACCAUGAUGAGGACUUCCAAAACUUGCUGCGGAUGAUGGAUCAGACUGUUACCCUCCAUGAGAGCAUAAUGAGCCAGCUGUACAAUGCUUUCCCCUCCGUAAUAAAGUACCUCCCAGGAUCUCACCAAACCAUAUUUAAAAACUGGAGGCUGAUGAAAGGCUUUGUGAAAGAGAAGAUCAACAAACAUAAGGAAGACCUGAACCCCUCAGAGAGCCGAGACUUCAUCGACAGCUACCUGCAGGAGAUGGCCAAGCCCAGUGGCAGUGACUUCUGUGAGGAUAACCUGGUGGCAUGUACUCUUGACCUACUGUUUGCUGGGACUGAGACCACCUCCACAACCAUCCGCUGGGCCCUGCUGUAUAUGGCCGUGUAUCCAGAAAUUCAAGCCCGUGUGCAAGCCGAGAUUGAUGCUGUCAUUGGGCAGACACGACAGCCAGCCCUGGAGGACAGGAACAACAUGCCCUACACCAACGCUGUCAUCCAUGAAGUGCAGAGGAAAAGCAACAUCGUCCCUUUCAACGUGCCUAGAGAGGCGGUGAAGGACACAAUCUUGGCUGGCUUCCGGGUGCCCAAGGGCACUAUUUUGAUCCCAAAUCUAACCUCUGUGAUGUUUGACAAGAAGGAAUGGGAAACGCCUCAAAGUUUUAACCCUGGGCAUUUCCUGAAGGACGGUCAGUUCUGGAAAAGGGAGGCUUUUAUGCCAUUUUCUAUAGGUAAGAUCAGCUGCAGUUUCUUCUUCAUCACAGUGCUUCUGUGCUGAAGCACUGGGAUGGGGCUCCUAGCUGCACAAUGAAGACCCUGAGCAAACUAGUGAUGGAAAAUGCAGACAUUGGCUGUAUCCACGCGAGGUGCUGCUUCCUAUAUGGGUGAAAAAUAGUCACUUCCUUAGCAGUGACCAUGCAGCCACCUCAAAGCGCCACUCCCAUCUCUUAGCCCCUUAUUCACAAACACAGGAGCCUGGAAAAAUGCUGGAGACCCCAACAGUGCAUUCAGCAAGGUGAGAGCAGUGCUCUGUGCUCCCAGUCCCACACAGCUGAGUUCAAUGGGCUUUGCCAC